AUGGUCGGCUAUGACCCCAACGCCGAUGACAGAAGCAUCUCCAAGUUCGAGGUGGCAGCGGCCGGGUCUGUGUCCGGACUCGUCACGCGGGCGCUGAUCAGCCCCUUGGACGUCAUCAAGAUCCGUUUCCAGCUUCAGAUCGAGCGCCUGUCUCCCAGCGACCCCAGCGCCAAGUACCAUGGGAUCCUGCAGGCCGGGAGGCAGAUCCUGCGGGAGGAGGGCCCCACCGCCUUCUGGAAGGGACACAUCCCCGCCCAGCUCCUCUCCAUCGGCUACGGGGCUGUCCAAUUCCUGUCGUUUGAGAUGCUGACGGAGCUGGUGCACCGGGCCGGCCUGCACGACGCCCGCGACUUCUCCGUGCACUUCCUGUGCGGCGGCCUGUCCGCCUGCGCGGCCACCCUGGCCGUGCACCCCGUGGACGUGCUGCGCACCCGCUUUGCAGCGCAGGGCGAGCCCAAGGUGUACCGGACCCUGCGGGCCGCCGUGGCCACCAUGUACCGGACCGAAGGCCCCCUGGUGUUCUACAAAGGCCUGAACCCCACCGUGAUCGCCAUCUUCCCCUACGCCGGCUUCCAGUUCUCCUUCUACAGCUCCCUGAAGCGCGUGUACGACUGGGCCACGCCCGCCGAAGGCAAGAAAAACGGGAACCUCAAAAACCUGCUCUGUGGCAGUGGUGCGGGAGUCAUCAGCAAGACCCUCACCUACCCCCUGGACCUCUUCAAGAAGCGGCUGCAGGUCGGAGGGUUCGAGCAGGCCCGAGCCAGCUUCGGCCAGGUGCGGCGCUACCGCGGCCUGCUGGACUGCGCGGGGCAGGUGCUGCGGGAGGAGGGCGCGCGGGGCUUCUUCAAGGGCCUGAGCCCCAGCCUGCUGAAGGCCGCGCUGGCCACGGGCCUCAUGUUCUUCUGGUACGAGAUCUUCUGCGGCCUCUUCCAGCGCGUGAGGGAGGCCGACAGCUAG